AUCCCUGAGCAGAACUUCGGAGCUCCCGCGGAUUUCACCGCCUCUCAGAGCUGGAGAAGCUUACGUCACGCGGCGCGCGUGCUCCAGAGGCCCUCCCCUUUACCCUCCCCAAACCUUGUGUCUCCUCUCCACUGAGAAAACAUGCCAGAGUGUGCCCUGCCGGAAAGCAGCACGCCGCCGCGGCAUUUCACGACGUCGGCGGCUAAACGCCCACGAAACGCUCCUACUCCCUCCCGGUUGCCGGGCGAAAGCAAGCAUGAUGCUCGGUGCGGGGGACGAAGAUGACACCGACUUCCUCUCGCCUAGCGGCGGUGCCAGAUUGGCUUCUCUUUUUGGACUGGAUCAGACAGCUGCUGGCCAUGGAAAUGAAUUCUUCCAGUACACAGCCCCAAAGCAGCCUAAGAAGGGCCAGGGAACAGCAACAGCAGGAAAUCAGGCGACACCAAAAACAGCACCCACCUCAACAGGCACUUCCACGGUAUUGGUUGCAACAGCAGUCCAUGCCUACAGAUACACAAAUGGUCAAUAUGUAAAGCAGGGCAAAUUUGGUGCUGCAGUCCUGGGAAAUCACACAGCCAGAGAGUAUAAGAUCCUUCUUUACAUCAGUCAGCAACAGCCAGUUACUGUGGCCAGGAUUCACCUGAACUUUGAGCUAAUGGUUCGGCCCAAUAACUAUAGCACCUUUUAUGAUGACCAAAGGCAAAACUGGUCCAUCAUGUUUGAGUCAGAAAAGGCUGCUGUGGAAUUCAAUAAACAGGUGUGCAUUGCCAAAUGCAACAGCACCUCUUCCCUGGAUGUAGUGCUAUCACAGGACCUCAUUGUAACAGAGGGUCCUGCUGUGGAAGUUGGUGAUUCUUUGGAAGUGGCCUAUACCAGCUGGCUCUUUCAGAAUCAUGCACUGGGCCAGGUUUUUGAUUCCACUGCUAACAAAGAUAAGCUGCUUCGCCUGAAAUUGGGGUCAGGAAAAGUCAUCAAGGGCUGGGAGGAUGGAAUGCUGGGCAUGAAAAAAGGAGGGAAGCGGUUGCUUAUCAUCCCUCCAGCCUGUGCUACUGGCUCUGAGGGGGCGAUAGGAUGGACGCCAUCAAUGGACUCAAUCCUGGUGUUCGAGGUGGAGAUCAGGCGGGUGAAGUUUGCCAGAGAUUCCGGCUCUGACGGGCACAGUGUGAGUUCCCGGGACUCUGCAGCUCCGUCACCUGUGCCCAGUGCCGAUGGCCUGCCUGCUGAUCCUGUUGUGUCACCCCCCACAUCGGUGCCUUUCAAGUCAGGGGAGCCAGCUCUUCGUGCCAAGUCCGACUCCCUCAGUGAGCAGCUCCCCGUCAGUGCAAAUCCUGAUACAGCCAAGGCCAAGUUGAUCUCUCGGAUGGCUAAAAUGGGCCAGGCCAUGCUGCCCAUCCUCCCACCACAGCUGGAGUCCAAUGACUCGGAAAUGGAAGAAGUGAACGCUCUGCGAGGAGCCGGGCAGCCGGUGCCGAAUCCACCUGUCCAGCCCUCUCUUCAGCCAGCCCAGCCUCCGCUACCGCAGGUGACCACACACGCACCUCAGCCACCUGCUACCGGGCUCCAGGCACCCUCUGCUGCCUUAAUGCAAGUUGCAUCUCUCGAUUCCCACUCAGCUGUAUCCGGAAAUUCCCAGUCCUUUCAGCCCUACGCAGGUGUGUCAGCCUAUGCUUAUCCCCAGGUGUCGACCGUCGCCUCCCAGCUGCAGCCCGCUCGGCCCUUGUACCCAGCACCGCUCUCUCAGUCUCCCCAUUUUCAAGGAUCUGGUGACAUGGCUUCCUUUCUCAUGACUGAAGCCCGUCAGCAUAACACUGAAAUUCGAAUGGCAGUCAGCAAAGUGGCUGAUAAAAUGGAUCAUCUCAUGACUAAGGUUGAAGAGUUACAGAAGCAUAGUGCUGGCAAUUCCCUGUUCAUUCCUGGCAUGUCGGUUACAAUGGAAACGAAGAUGAUCAUGAGCAACAUCCAGCGAAUUAUUCAGGAGAAUGAAAGAUUGAAGCAAGAGAUCCUUGAGAAGAGCAGUCGGAUAGAAGAACAGAAUGACAAGAUUAGCGAACUAAUUGAACGAAAUCAGAGAUAUGUUGAGCAGAGUAACCUGAUGAUGGAAAAGAGGAACAACUCACUUCAAACAGCCACAGAAAACACACAGGCAAGAGUAUUGCAUGCUGAGCAAGAGAAGGCCAAGGUGACAGAAGAGUUAGCAGCAGCCACUGCCCAGGUCUCUCACCUGCAGCUGAAAGUGAGUGCUCACCAAAAGAAAGAAACAGAGCUGCAGAUGCAGCUGACAGAGAGCGUGAAGGAGACAGACCUCCUCAGGGGCCAGCUCGCCAAACUGCAGGCCGCGCUCUCAGAGCUCCAAGAAACCUCUGAGCAAGCACAGUCCAAGUUCAAAAGUGAAAAGCAAAACCGGAGACAACUGGAGCUCAAGGUGACAGCCCUGGAGGAAGAGCUGACUGACCUUCGAGCUGAGAAGGAGUCUCUGGAAAAGAACCUCUCAGAAAGGAAAAAGAAGUCAGCUCAAGAGCGCUGUCAGGCUGAGGAGGAGAUAGACGAAAUUCGCAAGUCACACCAGGAGGAACUGGACAAACUUCGACAGCUUUUGAAAAAGGCGCGAGUAUCCACAGACCAAGCAGCCUCAGAGCAGCUAUCUUUAGUACAGGCUGAGCUGCAGACCCAGUGGGAAGCAAAAUGUGAACACCUGUUGGCCUCCGCCAAGGAUGAGCACCUGCGACAAUAUCAGGAGGUGUGUGCACAGAGAGAUGCCAGCCAGCAGAAGCUGCUCCAGCUUCAGGAAAAGUGUUCAGCCCUCCAGGCCCAAGUCGCAGCCCUGACAGAGCAAAAUGAACAGCACAUCAAGCACCUGGAGAAAAAUAAGUCCCGGAUGUCUGGGGUGGAAGUUGCUGCCCCUGACUCAUCAGAGAAGGUCAAGAAGAUCAUGAACCAGGUGUUCCACUCCUUGCGGGGCGAGUUUGAGCUGGAGGAGUCGUACAGUGGCAGGGCUGUUCUGGGGACCGUCAUGAACACCAUCAAGAUGGUGACUCUUCAGAUGUUAAACCAACACGAGCAAGACAAGGGAGAGAGCAGCAAUGAAGAAGAAGAAGAUGAAGAAGAACAAGAAGAAGAGCAACCUCAGAGACCUUCCCAGGAGCAGUCAGUCUUGGCCAGUUCUGGGUCGUCUCAAGUGCCCCCGAGCAGGGAGGGGCAGGAGGCCCCCAUGGUGCCAUUGGAGCAGGUCGUCAAGGAAGCUGAGCCAUUGCCUUCUGGGCCCCUCCACGCCCCCCAGGAGGAUGCACAGAGACAGGAAGGAGAGCCCACAGGAGCAGGGGCACUCUCAGAGAUAAGAGAUCAUUCCCUCCUUGCCCAACUGGCCUGCGUCCCCGCCCAACAAGUUCUGGGGCCCCCAACUUCAAUUCCCCCUCUGCCUCCAAGCUGCGUAACCUUGGACUCUGAGUGUGAGGAGGCAUUUGCUGCUGGCCCAUUGGGAGAUACCUGUGUUGAGGAGCAAGAAAGCUCCACAAGACUGUCCCUGACUUCAGACUCUAAGAAGAGGGACCCACUGCCCUUGGAGCCUGAAAGUUCAGGAGGAGAGCGUCAGCCUCCAGAGAGCCAGAAAGAGGAAGAUUCCACUGGUCCCACUGGUCCCUCCAGGGAGCUGUCGAGCACAGAGGCAGGUUCUGCAUCUGCAGGAGAAGCACUUGGACCCAGCCACUCUACUCAGCGUUCCAGUCUCUCCGAAGAUGAAGAGGAUGAGCUGUUUAAAGGGGCAACUCUGAAAGUUCCAAAGUCCAAAGCGCAGCCUGAGGAAGAGGACGAAGACGAGGUGAGCAUGAAGGGACGCCCGCCCCCAACACCCCUUUUCGAAGAUGACGAUGACGAUGACAUUGACUGGCUGGGAUGAAGACCCAGGAACCUGAUGCAAAGGUUUCUCUACUGACCCUCCCCUGAGCAUGUUUUGCACAGCCAGCCCUGGGUCUGGGUGAGCCACAGGGAGAGGCCAAGGGGAGCAUUCUGAGGACAGUAGCCCAGGUACCCGAGUUAGCCAGCUUCUGAGCCCCUGCCUGGCUGGGGGAAGAGGAGCGCGGGCCUGUCUUCAGAAUGCCGGAGUUGGCAGCAGCUGACCCUGGUCAUGCCUCCGAGUCCCAUCUGGAGGAAGGGCUGGUGGUUUCCUCCCCAGUCGUCACCCAUGAGAGUCCUGCCCUCUUCCAAGCUCUUCAAUCUCUUCCCUAACUCCCGGACUGCUGCGGGGAGGCUGCCUCUGUCUCCCAGCACUGGGGCCUGUCACCUGGGGUGAGGCCACCCUGGUAGACCCAAGGGCGGACUACACCAUCCGAACCCCCAUUCAGUUAACAGCCUUGCCUACAGUCCUGACACAUUGUCUUCUCUGCCUUAAGUCUUUGAAGUUAGAAAAAAAAAAAAACCAAAAUAAAUAUCUGUAAUGAAACAUGACUCAAACUUCUGGGGAGAAAGGAAUCUGGUUCCCAAGGCUGUCUGCACCCCUCUCUGGGAAUCUCAAGGUAGCAGUGGUAACAGACCCGGGCCAGUUCACACACACAAACCGUUGUGACAUAUUCCCUUUGGCAUCUGACCCUGGGCCUUCAGGCUUCGGAACCAGAUCAGCGCCUGCUGCCCCAGCUCAUCCCAGCAUUAGUGUGAGGCUUAGGACGUUGUGGUUCUCUGAGGACCACUUCUGCCGUCCCCUUGCUCCUGCAUGCCUGGCCCUGUGCCCUGGACAGCCACGCAGGGAAGGUAGGAGGGCCCUGCGGUCCAUCUGUCACAGCAACUAGGAUUCUUCACCUGCAGAGCAGCUGCCAUUCCCUCUGAAUUUGGGGCCAGGACUACCGAAGAAAACAGUAGUGAGAAAUGUUUGUACUUCCUCAGAAUCUUCCAGAGACCAUGCAGUCUUCAAAAUGUGGAAUCGUUUUAGUAAUAAUGGUCCUGAUUUUAAGUUUAUAAGAUAGGAACCUGAACUCCACUUUGUCUGCCUGAUGUCAUCCUCUGCAAUGACAGCUUUGAGUCUGUCCCCAGAUGCGGGGCUGGGAGGCAGCAGGAAUUACCAUUUACAGAACUUCGUUGUUUAACAAAUAGGCACUGCCGCUGAGCACUUCAUACACUGCCCCACCUCCAGCAACCCUUGCAGAAGACACUGUCGUCCCCGUUUAGAGAGGAAGCCUGGCUCUGCUCCUUACUAGGGUGGCUUAGCUUCUCUGUGCCUCGGCUGCUUCACCUAAGACAAGGACAGGAAGUUCCUACCUUGUUGUGAGAAGUAGAUGAGUUAAUAUUGUUCAGUGCUUAGAACACGGCCCGGAAAUGCUAAGUGCUAACCAGGCGUUGAUUUACAAAAUUUGUGUUGAAUCUUAAGCAUGCAAUCAGUCUCUCUAGCACACAGAUUUGUUUUUAAGCCCUCUGUUCUAUAAAAAGCCUUAAAUGCAUCACACAUACAUGAAGAUGUGACUGUAUCAAACUGACGGGUUACAGCGCCCCCGAGGAGGGAGUGGUACCUGAGGGAGGACACCGAGGUCAGGACUUAAAAACGCGCUGGAGGCUCCAUAGGCAGGACUGCACAGGACCCUGGAAAUCUUGGACCUGUUGUGCCUUUCAGCAGCUUCCUGAUUCCCUCCAGUGUGGAGAGUGUGCUGAAGGCCCCACGUACUCUACGUUGUUAGUUACUUCUGAUUGUAAGUUAAAAUGUGGUUUUGAUGUACUUUUGCCUCUGCCCUCAGGGAAAGCUCAGUGCUUGUAGUUACGCCAACGUAGGUGUUUGUAGUCCCUGUCAGUUAUCUUUCUCGUGGUGCCCAAUCACUGUUUGUUACCCGAGCCAAAGAAUGACUCCUGACUAGCCUGGCACUGGGGUGUCUGCCUGUGGGCACAGGGUUUUAGGGCUGGCGCCUCCCUGAGCCCAGGGUUGUCUUUGUAGCAGACGGACAGACUGGGCCCCGAGAGCGCCCUACGGCCAGCCCUGCCAGCUCCUUUCGCCCACUCUGCUCCUGCCAUUGUUCCGUGUGCCUGCUGUUUGAAGAGAAACAGAAGACAGAUCACACACUGUUUAAAAAUAUAUAUUUAUUAAAAUUAUUUUUUUUAAUUCCAAAAGCUUAAGACCGUCUUUCCUGUAGCCCGUGAGGUACUGGAGCCUGAAUGUUACAGUACACAGCAGUGGUUUUUCCUCCCUGGGUCUCCUGUUGCCUUUUCUGUAAAGUGAAAAGGUUCAGAUAUCGAGAGUCUCAUCUCUCUCUACAAAUGUAACGUUUUGGUUUGACUGCUUAUUGCAUCUUCAGUCAUUCCCCCCCCACCCCCCACCUCAUGGCUUACUCAAUGUUUUAAGUGAAUAAAUCAUGUUUGUUAUGGGUGAGCAGCAAGUAAUAAAUAAAAAGCAUUAAGUAUUGUUCA